CAAAAUCUGACGCACAUCAGCAGUGUAUUGUGCGCUACAGGAAAAAAUAUUAUUAUUCAACUUUUACAUUUUUUUUCUUCAUUGUCUAAUUUUUGUGAACUCUAAUCAACUGUGAACUGAACUUAACUCAAAAACUAAGCUGAACUCUUUUCGCCUCAAAUUAACUAUCAACUCUAUCUUCUAUUGGAGCUCUAUGCGAAACGCGAUUAUACUGUAUUUGGAAAGUAGAACUACUGAUUUUGAUCCUGACCUGCGAGCACCUGCAAAAAUCGUUAAGUUACAUGAUGAUAAACUCUUCUGCAUCGUCCCAAUUCCCCUCUAUUCUUCUUUCGAAAACUUUUUGCUACUAUAAUCCACUCUAAAUCGAUCAUUUAUGUACAUAUAUGAUUCAAAGUAAUUGCGUGUAGAAAAAAGUAAGUGGUAUAGACUUUCAGUUAUUUUGCUGUUGCUAUCCGACCAAUUUACGGAUUUUUCGCUGAAGAAACACAAAAGUGACGUGAAGAAAAAGCACAGCAAACAAAAUAUUAACAAUUGUGAAAAAUGCAAAAAGAGAGUGGAAAGCUAUAGAACUAAAGGUGCAAGCGGAUGAAAGAGAAAGUCUGAAAACGAAGGACAAAAAGCCAAAAUGAAAAUGAAAAAUAAGUAAAUAUAGAGAAGACGUGGGAUAAGUUGCUCGUUAGUGGUGGCAAUUGUGAUGUAGUUGUUUGAUUCUCAAACUAAAAUCGGCGGUCAACAAUUCGAUGGAAGCAAGACCAAAGAUACUGUACCAUCACCGCACUUACCUACCAGCGUAUAAAUUUAAAAAUCACUUUUUACACCGCCCACUGGUUCUGCCAUAAAAGAGAGAUAACUAUGGGCAAACACUUUUAAUAUAAAAUGGACAACAAGCAAUAUUAAUAAAGCAAGAAAACAACGACAAAAAUUUAACGUGAAAAUUAUGUCAACGAUACAACGAAGCAAUACUCAACUGUGAGCGAAAAGGAAAAUUUUAAAAAUUUAGAUAUAGCAAAAAAAUUAAAGCAUCAAAGGCGUUAAAAACGUUUGAAAAUUAUGAAUUAACUUUACUCAAAAAAUAAUAAUUAAAAUUUGGCUACGACGAGUUAUACGCGCGCAAGUAGAUAACAGAAUAGUUUGAUUCUUUUAAUGUGCAGAAGUGAGUUACGGCCCCAUUUGAAGGUUCUAAGGCAAACGUUUCCCACAAAAUGUCUGUCGAAUGCAUGCGACCUUCGAGUAAUAAAAUCAUCAUCACGCCUGGGGCCACACUCAGCUACACCAAAAAUUCAUCGGCGCGACCACGAUCAACAAGUCGGCAAUUGUCGUCGGCUGUGAGGGCCCAGCAUCCAGCAGUGAACGCAGCGGGCAAGGGAAAGUCUGUGAUGCCCCAAAAAAUACCAACAACGCCUCCAAAGCAGCAAUCAAGUAUUUUGGUGGUAAGAAAAACUGGUGUAACGCAACCCUCACCAGUGUCAGCAUUGCACACAACCGCUAAGGUAGCACCACUGGCACCCUUGUCGCAGAAUACAUGUAAACGCAGCAACUGGGACAAUAUCACAGAUGGAGGUAGCAAAAAACAUAUAAAUGGCACUAUUAGCGUUGAUCGCAUCGAUUUGGAAUUGGAGGGAGCAGCAAGUGAUUUGGAAUUCUGCAAACGCCUCGAGUGGUCGGCCGCCCAAUCUUUGGUCGAAAUGAAUGCAAAAGAGAAGCAAAGACGUAGUGCCGCCGCAGCACAAUCGGCUACAGAUAAAAAACCGUUGACACCAAUGGCGGUCCGAGAAGCAGGAGCAGUGGUCACAUCACUUUCUGGAACUGUGUUGAGUGAUUUGAAUUCACAAGAUAACGAAGAUGGUGCAAGAAUUGAGCCACGUCGUAACGUGGUCAAGUGGAACACUCGAAAUAACAACCGCGACAACUCCUUCGCCAGCGGCAAUAAUGGCAGCACAUCUAACAAAUGCGUAACUGCUCCAUCAACGACUGCCGGUCGCUCGCCCGCUGAAGAUGGUAAAGUUAUAUUCUAUGCGCCACCUGCUGGUGGCUUCAAUGCCAGUCAACCUUCCAGCCAUACGCCAGCGUUCAUGAUCAAACAGGAGCCCGUGUUGCCGUCAUUUUACCGCGAACGCAGCAUCGAGGAGACCGAAGCCGCCCACGAUUUACUCUCACUAUCGCAAAGUCUACCGCCACUAACACCGCCUUGUGUCGUCACCAUCCUGCAUCCGGAGUCGUCAACAAACAGCAAUCUCAAUAGCACAGCGCACCAUCAAAACCAGCACCAACACCAAACACAACAAACACCCAUCAUGCAUGAGAUAUCCAGUGCUUCCAAACAGCAGAGAGCCGUACCACCACCACUCUGUGCUGCAACCAUUGCCGCGGAUAAUUUUACCAUAUUCACCGUGCAAGAUGUCUCGACGCCGCACCACACGCGAGCGGCCCUCGAUCAGGGACCGCCAAAAAUACGUUAUAUGUGCAGCGGCAGCAGCAACUCAUAUGACAGUCAUACAGGCGCGAACACACCGGACAAUUCCGAAAAUUGCUCGCCUCUAACACCACCAAAUUCGGAUCAUUCAUCUGACAUUGACAUCGACAUGUCCUCCUCGUCGGAUUCGGGGCAUUCCAGCUCGAAUUAUCAAGCAACGCUCAAGUUGUGGAUCGAUGAGCCAUCAUCGUACAAAGUGCGGCGUACAUCCACAAACUCAAUGACAAUUGAAGAUUCUACGGAGGCUAAAGCAAAUCAUUCCAUCAAACUCGGUCUUAAUAUAUUAGAUGGCCGCACCAAGGCUAGCCGCAGCAGCAAGGAACCAAUCGAAACGCAUACGGCUGGAAGUUUCGACUCCAGCUCCACGGACAUCGAUUCGUAUGUGAAGAAGAAGCGGGGCAGCUACAAGUGCUCCGAAUGCGGCAAACAGUACGCCACCUCAAGCAACCUCUCACGUCAUAAACAGACGCACCGCUCGCUCGACUCGCAAUCAGCGAAGAAAUGCAAUACUUGCGGCAAGGCUUACGUUUCCAUGCCGGCUCUCGCCAUGCAUCUGCUGACUCACAAACUCUCGCACAGCUGCGACAUUUGCGGCAAACUCUUCUCACGACCCUGGCUGUUGCAGGGCCAUCUACGCUCACACACCGGCGAGAAACCAUACGCUUGCUCACAUUGCGGCAAGGCAUUCGCCGAUCGCUCCAAUUUGCGGGCGCACAUGCAAACGCACUCGAUCGAUAAGAACUUCGAAUGCAAGCGUUGCCACAAAACAUUCGCUCUGAAAUCGUACCUAAACAAGCAUCUGGAGUCAUCAUGCCUCAAGGAUGUUUUGGGCACCGGGGACGCGACAGACUUGUACGCGGAUAAUGGCGAUGGCGGCGAAGGUGAAGGUGAAGGCGAAUCUACGACAGCGCAAAGCAGUGAUGACAACGACGAAGAUAUUGUCGUAGCAUAGGCUCGAAUAGAUCGAAAUACAUGCAUAUGUAUGUAUGUAAGUCUGUAAUUGGGAAGGGUUGGACUUUGAAGAGCACAGUAAGAUACGAGUAAUUUUAACAAUUAAAACGAAAAUAUAUUCCACACUUUUACAACAGAAAUUGUAAUUAAACUUAAAACACGUAAGAAUAGUUUUUCUAUAGCAAAAAGUUCGAUAGUUGAAGAACAUACAUACCAUGCAUACAUACAUAAAUACAUACAAAAACUGAAAAAAGCAAAAGCUGUACAUUUUGCAAAACGCAAUGAAAACAAUACAAAACCUACCAACUUUAAGUAAAAAUCCCAUGCAACGAAUAUUAUGGAACAUAAGUAGAAAUUCUAUAUAUACAAAAUUAUUACUAUUAAAAUUAUUAUGAACAAGAUAUUAUUAGGAUUUAUUGAUAAGAGAUUUGAAACGUAAAAUGUGUUUUGUUGGCACUUAAGGCAGACGAACAUUUGAUAUAGUAGUCAUAGUGAAAAUUUAACAACUACAAAGUUAAAGUUGAAAACCAGUGAGUAGUGCAAUACACUAAGAGCGAAAAGUACUUAUACAUACAUACAUACAUACAUAUAGUUAAUUCACAAGUCAACCGAAAACCCUUAUAUGUAGGCUCAAUUAGCUGAGCGAAUAGCAAGGCGCUAAUUAUUUGAGGUUUUGGGUGAUCUUCGGCUAAGAUCAGAGCCAAUAUUCACGCAUGUUUUAUAUACACAUACAUAGUACAUAUGUGUGUUAGUGAGUAUACGUAGGUACUUACAUUUGCAUACAUAAAUACAUUAUUAUACAAUUUACAUACAUAUAUAUAUACAAUAUAUAAUGUAAUAGAAAGCAUGAGAAGCAGUUGAUAUUUUUUUAGAGUAUUUCAUAUACAUAUAUUUUAAAGUAAAGCAAAAUAUUACCAAAAAGGCAUGAUACAAAAUGAUAUUAAAUAAAUUAGACUAAACUAUUCUUAAAAUAAUAAAUUGCAUAAACAUAAUAGUAAUUUACUUAGAAUGGCAAUUUUACAAAUACUGCAAUACAUAUAGCAAAAGCAUAACAACAUUUUUGAAUACCUAAGCAAUUUAAACGGAUAAGCUCAGCGUAAAACUAAAGGCAAAGGCAAAGGCAAAGUCAGCUUUAAAUCGUUUAAACUUACUUUUAUUGUUUAUCUUGUAAAAUUAGCAUAUGCAAACCGUUUUAAAAUUAAUUUAUUUUUUUCUUGGUUGAUAGAAUGUUAUGAGGUUAGCUUGGUUAAGAUUAUAAUGGAUCUCUCGCAAAGACCACAAAGUACUUUUUUACGAUUUUUAGUAAUUUGCUUAUAGACGCACUGAGCUAACUAUGACUUCAGAGAUUUUAAAGAAUAUCAUUUAAUUAAAUUUCAGAAGAAGGAAAAUUACGGCAAAAAAUUUCGGAUAUUUCCAGAGACAAUUCCUGUUGUUCAAUUUAAAAAGUAUCAUUGAAUAAUGUCGACUUAAACUUAACUAUAAUUUUUUGUAAGAAGAUAUUUAUCAUAACUGUCCUUGGUUCUUGUAAAAUCAGAAGUAGACAUUUUCAGCUAGAUUUUAACUUUUAUUGUUUCGAGCAAGAAAUAGAAAUCAUUUCUAAAUUUAAAUUAAUCGACCCUAUUAUGACUGUCGAUACCGACUUCGAUGUCAUUUUCCCAAAUGUGAUAGACAUUUUAUUUUAUUAUAUUAUAUAGUGUUUAUCACAGUGUGCAUUUUUAACACUUCAUGCCAAUUAAUCGUAGCGCUUUCGACAGAAGCAAUAUUUUGAUAUGAAACAAAAUGGCUUUGAAAGCUAAUGUAAUUGCCUUUCAAGAAAAAAUAUUGCCAUUGAGCCACAAUCACUUCUUAACCUUAAAAAAAAUGGGUAAACAUGAAAUUCCCCCUAUUCCCCAAUCCGCAAUUCCAAAAAUAAUCUGAAAAUAAGGAAUUUUUUUAUUUUCUUAUUAAUGCUUAAAUAAUAAAAAGGAAAAUCAUCGGUAGGUAGCCCAAAAUAAUAAAAAUUAAAAUUUUUAAAGUCAUGCGGAAUAAAUCAGGAUUCUAAUAGCACUUUUGAAAAUGCCUUUAUUCACAGUCUAUAAGAAUGUUCAGACAGGCCGAUAAUCGAGCAAUUAGCUAAGCUUUCUCGAUUAAGGCGCUUAUUGUGCCUGAUUUACCAUACAAAAUUUCAAUUCUUAAUUGAUCGAUUGGUUGCUUCUGGUCCUCUUUUAAAUUGUACCUAAUUUGCGAAAAACCUUUACCUUAGUGUAGAUAAAUGCACCUAAAAAUUUUUAUUUGUACACAUAUAUUAAAGAAGAAAAGAGGAUAUCCUUGAACUUCGGUACAAAAUUAUAUUUUCGAAAAGGUAAAUCAUUUUUCUCCGAGUUGUUCCUUCUGACGUAAUAAAAAGAAAUAUUCUCUGUCUGUCUAGCGAAAUUAACUACAGUUAUGUUACUUUGACCACCCUUUUGUAUCAUUUGUAUGCAUCACAAAAGAGGGAGGCUAUACGACAAGUUACCCACACCAGAAAAUGCGUUGAAAUGUGAAUAACUUUUUAAACUGAUUUCCCGAAAUACUAUUUGACUACGUUCCAAAUGUACCUAAAGUAGUGUGUACUUUCAAAGUAAAUAAAGGUACGAUUGAAGAUUGUACCAACUUUUCAUCACUGUUGGCAAUGCAGCAACUGACUGUGUGUCGAGCAGCUGACUGUGUGUGAACACCAAAAAGCGGUAGCUCAAUUAAAAGAUUAAUUGACUUCAUUACAUUUCAGUCUGAAAUUACUCUUUUUAUGCGGAUUUGAAUUUGUGUAGAUUUUUCCAACCGUUUUUCACAGUGGCGAUUAGGCUUUUUUUUUUAGAGUUGUGGCUACUUUUUUUCCAGAGUGAAUGAUAUAGAAAGAGUACUUCCACCUGAAUUGAUAUUGGUAGUAUACUAUCGGGAAUAUGCUAUGCAGUUGUUUAAGGUUAGGACUACGACAAAGACGAGGACGAAAAUGAAUAGGAAGACAAGUUUGAAUACGAAGACGAAGGUGAAGACGAAUACUAAAGCUAAGACGAAGACGAAUGCGCAGAAUUUACCCUUAAGCGCAUGAAAAUAUAUCAACUCAAAUAACAAAGC